AUGGAGCAAAAUACCCUCAAGCGCAGAGGCGUCGGCCUCAUCGGCGUCGACAAGCAAAAGUCCUUUGGCGGAUAUACUCUCUUCUGCCCCAUGACCAGCGACGUCGCUCAUCUCAUCGACAUUGACGGCAAGGAGGUUCACUCGUGGAAACUACCCGGCCGAAUUGGUCGGCAUGCUAGAAUCUUGCCCAACGGUAACCUGGCAGUCAAUACUCUUCGCCCAUCUCCUGAAAACAAGACCAAAGAUGGCGGGCCUUUCCCCUUCCCCUUCUUCAACAAGUAUGGCGGCGGAAUCAUGUCAGAGCUCGACCCGGAAGGGAAUAUUGUUCGCCAAUUCAUCGACCCUUUCGGCCACCAUGAUCAGCUCCAUCUGGGGGAUGGGCGUAUACUGUACGCCAGUCUCGAGGCCCUCACACCCGAGCAAUCUGCCCAGGUUAUCGGCGGUGUUCCUGGUUCCGAAAUCGACGGCAUCACCUACGCAGACAUGAUCAACGAAGUAGACGCCCAAGGCAACUUGGUCUGGCAGUGGAAGGUCUCAGAGCGACUCCCACGGGAUGAGUUUCCCCUGCAGCCGCACUACACUCGUGAGCACUACCCACUCAUCAAUUCUGUCCUGCCCCUCCGUGACGGCAAGCACGUUCUCGCCUCUUUGCGCUCCGUCUCGGCGGUCAUCAUCAUCGAAAAAGCCACCGGAAAUAUUGUGUGGAAACUAGGUUCCGAUGUUCUCGCUCAGCAGCACAACGCCACUGAACUGGACAACGGCAACAUUCUCAUCUUCGACAAUGGCACCUUCCGCGAGGGCGAGUCGAUUACAUACUCCCGCGCAAUAGAAGUUGAUCGCGCAACCAAGAAGAUUGUCUGGGAGUAUAGGGACCGUUCAUCGCCCAUCUGCUUCUUCACACCAUUCAUGGGGAGUGCCCAGCGACUGGCAAACGGGAACACAUUCCUGUGUGAAAGUGCUUUUGGUCGCUUGUUUGAAGUCACCCAGGACGGUUACAUCUGCUGGGAAUAUUUGAAUCCCCAUUUUGCAGAAUAUCCAGACGAGGAGACGGCCAAGAUCUUCCCUGGGGAAUCAAAUGCCCUGUUCCGAGCGUACAGGUACGGGUUGGAUGAGAUCCCGUGGUUGAAGGCCAAGCUGGAGAAGAGUGGUGCAAGUUAG